AUGCGCCCCUUCUCAUCACAGGGCCUCCGCCCUUUGCGCUCGCUCAUCUCCGCGCCAACCUCCGCCCUCGCAUCGAGUCGCGCACCUGUCUCCCGAUUCUACUCUUCACGACUACUCCAGCAAAAGCGGCGCCUACCAUCACCCGUCAUUCUUCGAUCUCAGCGCGGAGUUCUUCCGUCAUUAUACCGAUAUAACUCCACCGCGCCCCGGCCUCUCACCGAAUCCCCGGCUCAAACUGAGACCGACGCUGAGCGCGAGCAAAAGAACGAGGAGCGUCGCAAAGAAGAGGAAGCCUAUCGCAUCACUUUUACUUGCAAGCCAUGUGGCGAGCGCUCUUCUCACCGCAUGUCUAAACAAGGCUACCACCGCGGCACCGUGCUCAUCCAAUGCCCCUCUUGCCAGAACCGUCACGUCAUGAGCGAUCACCUCGGCAUCUUCUUCGAUAAGGGUACUACACUGGAAGAUCUUCUCAGCGAGAAGGGUCAAACGUUGCAGCAUGGUCGCACAGAUGGUGAUCUGGAAUUCUGGGACGAUGGCACAGUAAAGAGCUUCACUUUGGAAGGUGAUCAGGUUAUGGAACCCGCCAAGCCUGGGUCUUCAUCUUAA